CCGGCCCCCCCUCUGCCCCACCCCAUUCCAGCUCCCACAGUCUGAGUCCAGCUGAAUGAAAACAACAGUCGGUGGAGCAGCUCGAACCCCAGCAGCAGCAGCGUCUUCUCCUCGCCUCAGAGCUCUGAACAAGGAUCUACCGAGGCAGCAUGGCCGCUCUGACAGCUCUGCUCUCUCUGGGAAUGUGUUUGUGCGCCGGGAGCAUCACCACUGCAGAGCGGAGAAGCUACGCUGGAUUUCUCUGGACUUUAAAACCGUCCUCACCUGGACCACCCAACCAUCCGAGCACACGUACACCGUCCUGUUCGCUCCGGACGACGGCGACUGGACAGAGAGUCACGACUGUAUCGAAAUAACGGACACUGAGUGCGACCUGACGCACGACCUCCAGCCGUUAAACCGAGCCUACUCAGCUGACAUUCAAACCAACACUGGCGGAUUUGCUUACGAUGAGGACGAGCAGGCUCAUACCUACUCCUCCCUCUUCAACCCCUAUCGAGAGAGUAACAUCAGCGCGGUGAGGUUCGCUGUGAGGCCCGUGAACGAGUCGACGGUCACCAUCAACAUCACGGACACCCUGACCGCCAUCCACGAGGGGACGAAGCAGCUGACCAUCAGAGACGUCCUCCGCUCGGACCUCAAGUACAAGAUCACCUACUACAAGGCUGGAAGCACAGGGAAGAGAGAAGUCAUAUCUGCCUCCAGCGUGGCCGAGGUGUCCAAGCUGGACGCGGGAGAGGAGUACUGCUUCAUCGUGGCAGCUUUCGUCCCGUCCAGACCCAAAGAGGCUCAGCAUGGGGGCUGGAGCUCGCAGCAGUGCACACAGGUCCAGGGCACCGCUCAGGGGCUGAGUCUGGGAGCGCUGGUCGGCGUCAUCUUCAUCGUGAUCACUGUGCUCAUCAUCAGCAUCGUCGUGGCCGUGCUCUGCUGCAACUGCUGCCGGCAGAGGAACAAGAGCUUCCAGACGGCCCAGACGACAGUCCAGAUCCCCAUUUAGUCUGUGUGUGUGUGUGUGUGUCUGUGUGUGUGUGUGUGUGUGUGUGUGUGUGUGUGUGUGUGUCUACCAUGUCUGUUUCCACUCUGCACUGCACGAUCAUCAUCUUAUCCAAAUGUGGAAAAAAUGAGUCUUUUUGUGAAGAAAUGCACUCCAGAGCCCGGAGAGAAAAAAGUCCCUUUUUUAAAGAUUUCAUUGGUGUAAAAAUGGAAACAGGUGCUGGCUCUGGACUUUGUGGGAAUAGACGGGGAAUAAAAGUGAACUGUA